UCUUUUUAAUUUGAUUUUCUUUAUCUUUUUAUCAGAUAAAAACUGGGUUUUCUUUCAAAGAACGACUUUGAAUCCUUCAAUGUUUCAGACCCAUCAUUUUCUUUUCUUUUCUUUUCUUUUAUAUGGUACAACAGGUUGCAGAAAGGUGUUCUUUUUCUGGUUUUUGUGGUACCAUUUUUAUGGGUUUUCUUUUUGCUGAGCCUCAAAUCAUUGGAAAAGGGGGAAAAUCAUGGGUUUUCUGGUUUUUUGAGAAGUGGGUUUGAUUUAAGAGGUCCUUUUCUUUUAUUUUGGAUUGAGAGUGGUGCAGGUUUUGUUGGGUUUUGUGAUUUAGUCAUUGGUUUCGUUUUGAAAGGAGAUUUGCAGAUUUCUCUUUUUUUUUUUUUGGUCUUUCUUGGGUUUGAAUCACUGAUUCAUAUGUUGGAAUUGGAAUUUCUCUGUUUUCUACAAUCUUUCAUGAGCGUGGUUUCUUUGAUUUAGGGAUUCUUUUGAGAGGAUUGAUCUUCUGCCCAGGAAUAAAAGUAUGCAGGAAAGUUUGAAUCCUCAAGGUAAUUAAUGCAAUUUCAGAGCUAUCUCAUUUAGAGCUAUUUUUUUGAGUAUUUGUGAUUGCUUGAAGCUCGCCAUUGCUUUUCAGUGGAAUUUGGAGGCUCAAUAAAUCAAAGAUUCUGUUGAUAGUGGGUGUGAGAAAGAGAAUUUCAGCUCUUGUGAUUUCUAGUGUGAGAAAGCAAACAUCAGCGUGCCUCAACCAUCAGUUUUAAUAGCACGUAACAGAUGGAAAUGAGUGAUGUUUCAAUGAGCUCUGAGAGCAUCAAGUCUAGUGGAGCAAGCAUAAGGAGACAUUCGGCAGGGAAAGCCAUUACCAGAUCUUCGUUAUCUCCCCUUGAAACUGGAGAAAAGCUUCUUCCCCAUUAUCUCAGAGCUUCUACUAGUUCUUGCCAUGACUUCUGCAAAUAUGGCCGAAAAAAUGCCUUUGAAUCCAAAGAAAAACACCCCAUCCCUCCUCUUCUCAGCAGAAAACCAGAGUCCCCUGUCCAAGUCCAAAGCCCUCUUGUCAAUUCAAGCUCCAAUGAGAGGAAGAACAAGAAACCACCUAUCAAGCUUGAGAUUACAUCCUCUGUUGAAAUAAACUCUCUCUCCCCCAAACCCAAGCCAUCUCUAUCUGCCAAACCCAAGCCUUCUCUCUCCCCUAAACCCAAGCCUUCUCUCUCCACCAAACCUAAAUUCAAUGCAAAACCAAACCCCAUGUUGAUUAAAAUCCCAUCACUGAAAGUUUCAAGGAUUUCAGUGAAUAGGCUCAAUGAGAAUAAGAAAGUUAAGAGCAGUGAGACUAAGAUAGUUAAGAGCAAGGACUCAUCAACUGUUGAAGACAAGAAAAAACCCAAAGCAGUGACUUCCCUUUCACCUUCUAUCAAUGGAAUCAUGAGAGAGAAGAAGCAGCUUAAACCAGUGACCCCAACCUCACCUUCCAAGAGUGUUGGUAGUGGAGUUAUUUUAGAGAAAGUAAAACCCAAACCAGCGAAAUCUUUAUCUUCGCCUUCCUCUGGCAAUCAAGUUAUUUCAGAAAAGAAACUCAAACUUGUAAAUUCUUUAUCUUUACCUUCCUAUAGCAAUGGACUUAUUUCAGAGAAGAAAAAACCCAAACCUGUAAACUCUUCAUCUUCGCCAUCCUCUGUUAAUGGAGUUACAGCUCUUCGUAAUGGAAUUAUUUCGGAGAAGAAAAAACCCGAUCCUGUAACCUUUUCAUCUUUGCCAACCUAUGGUAGUGGAGUUACACGUCUUCUUAAAGGAGUUAUUACAGAAAAAAGAAAAUCCACGCCUCUAACUUCUUUGCGUUCUUCAGCUAAUGGUAUUGGAGGCUUGAGAGAGACAAGGCAGCGUACCAUGAAAACUUCUCCUUUGAAUAAAACCUCAAUUGAGAAAAGCAAAACCACAGUUGCCAAAGAUCCCGCUACUCCUAACAAGAAUCAAACAAACGCCAAUAGUGGAAGAAGUCCCCAAAUUAGCAGGAACUGCCACCAAAUUAACGGAGCAAAGAUAAGUAAGAACACUUCUCUUGACAAGAAACUGGAACCCCAAUUAGCAGAGAUCGACCACCUUCAAACCAUAGAUAAAUUGUCCCCAACUUCUUCAUCUCCUCCAUCACCACCAUUAGCUUCACCUCCAUCAUCUGAGAAUUUGGAGCAAGAGGAGCUAGAGCUCUCGGAUUGGGAGGAAAUUGAAUCUGAUUCUCACUCUGAAGAAGCUCAACAUGAAAAUAGUGAGGAUGGUGAAGUGGUAGAAAGGGAGAGUGGGGAAGGGAAACAAUUCAGAAGAGAGAGAAGGGAAAGAGUGAUGAACAAUGAGAACCAAGAUUGUGAGCCGAGGAAGAUGAAGUUUAGAAGAGGAAGAGUGAUCAGUAUUCAGCCUGAGAAUAAUGGACCAAGAAGAUUAAGGUUCAGGCAAGGAAGAGUGUUAGGGGAAACACCAGAUGGUAAGGGUUAUUUUGGGAGGAGGAGUUUCAGGAGAAGAGAUAGUGGUGGGGGUGGAAACUCUCACUCUGAAACCCGAACUGUUGUGCUAAGGCAUCAAGAUGUUCAGGGAAGAAAAGAUGGCCAUGAUUUGUUGUUGAACCAUGUGAUAGAGGAGACUGCAAAUAAGCUGGUUGAGAGCAAGAAGAGUAAGGUGAAGGCUCUUGUUGGGGCCUUUGAAACUGUGAUUCAUCUUCGAGAUGGUAAUCCAGUAGAUGCUUGAGCUUUAAAUGGGGAUGGGUGUCUCUCUGCCGUCAUAACUAUGAUUGAUUCGUCUCUAAGAUGGUAUGCAGGUAGAUAUCGCUUGAGUUUUGCAUCUCUCUCUCUCUCACUUUUUGACAGAAUUUUAGGUGCUGAGAACGUUGUGCCUUUCCCUCUCGCCCUCGCCCUCGCCCUCGCCCUCACCCUCGCCCUCGCCCUCCUCAUCCCCAUCCCCCCAAAACAAAACAAAAAAAAAACAAUGAGAAGAAGCCUUCAAAUCAUUUUGACCUGAGAAGUUUGUGCUCUCUCUCCCCCCCCCCCACAAAA